CGCGGCGCGAGUGCCAAAGCUGUAAACAUAAUUAAUCGCUCCCUCACCCCAACUACCUUCCUCUUGAUCGUCUCCUCGGUUUCGAAGCGGCGCGUGCGGGCGCGACGGUGAGACGAGGAUCGAUGGGCGACAGGGCGGCGGACUUACGGGACGGCAUGCUGUGCCUGGACCACCCUUACCGGAGCAACCCCGGUGGGGUGUGCGCCUUCUGCCUCCAGGAAAAGCUGGGCAAGCUGGUUUCCUCCUCCAAGUCCACCCACUUCCUCCCCCUCCAGCAUCCGCCUUCCACUUCUUCCUCCUCCUCCUCCUCGCCUACUGCCUCCCGCGCCGACCUCGCCGGCGGCGGGGUCGUAGGGCGCGACGGUGCGGCUGCCGGCCGCGGAACUAAGUUUCCUUUUCUAGCAGCUGGACACAUCGAGAAUAAAAAGAGCGACAGCAAGUUGGUCGCCGGUGGAACUACCCGCGCUACUGCUUCUGUCGCAGUGGCUAAGAAUGGCGGUAGAUUGGGUUUGAAACGGAGCAAGUCUGUGGCGCCGAGAAGGAUCGGAUCCUCCCUCGCACAGGUCGGCGAUGGCGGUGGCCGCAGUAACGGAGAAACCGCAGCCGCCGUGGCAGACAGUCUUCGGAAGAAGAGUUUCUGGUCGUUUCUCUACCAUUCUUCCGUCUUUUCUGCUUCCACCUCUUCUUCGGCGGCAAACGGCAACAUUAACAGGCGUCGAUCCACCUCGUCCUCUUCUGGCGGAGUGUGCGACGGAGAUCCCACCAAGCAGCAGCCACCGCCACCGCCCCCUGCAUUAGAUAAGCUGGAAGCAACACACGGGACCCCCAUCCAGCUGGGGCAAAACGGCGGCGGAAAGGAUAGCCCAAGCGGCGUCCAGGCGUCGUCCUCAUUCGGGCGGAAGGUGGUGAGAUCCCGAUCGGUAGGCUGCGGUAGCAGGAGCUUCUCCGGCGACUUCUUGGAGCGCAUCUCCACCGGCCUCGGCGACUGCACGCUUCGCCGCGUCGAGUCCCAGCGCGAGGCCAAGCUCAAGAGCACCCUCCACAUCGACACCGACGGCGACCCACACUGUCCAAGGAUGAAGGAGAGGGUCAAGUGCGGUGGCCUCUUCGGCGGAUUCGGAAUGAUGUCGUUCUACUGGCUCUCCGCAGCUGCCGCAGCACCCGACGAAGACUUCGACGGCGGCCUCAGAACCUCUGCCUCCACCCCGGGGGGCAGAGCAGGCGUCGCACCUCGCCGCCGCACCAGGAGCUGGGGCUUGGCCUUCCCCAGCCCAAUGAGAGCCUUCCGGUCAUAUACCUCCACUUCCCGGUCAACGUCCAAGCUCAUCUCCUCCAUCAAUGCCAGCAACAAGCUGGUCAACGGCGCCGCACCAUUCCUCUCCGUUCGAAGCUAGCUCUUCAAUCACCGCCCAACAAUCCAUCAAAUUGAAUUGUCUCCCUGUGUAACGUUCCGGCGAAAAUGCAACGCGCCGCUGCCGCCGCCGCUCGUCUCCAGCCAGAGAGCGCACCUGGAGACUGUCGAGGGCGCAGUAACACACGCGUUGAUGGCUCGCUGGGCGCUGCCACUGUUGGCGACCCUCUCGCUCCUGUUCGAUGCAGCGGAUCGAGUGGUGGUGGUGGUGGUGCGCUGCACGCGCUGCUUUGCCCUUUUCUCAGAGACAAAAGAUCGUGCACUUUCUGAGCCCCUCGCGAUAUCGCAUUAGAAAAAUUGCAGGUGUCCUGAGCCCGCUGCUGCCUCCGUGACCGGGUCUACACUCUACCGCACUGCUCUUGCUGCCACUCUGCUUGUGUUUGUUUGUGAGAAUUCUGUGCUUUAGGGUUUAAGAUUUAGGGCAGUCAGCCGUGUUAAAGCUGAUAGGCUCUUGUCUUAGCGGUGCAUUCGAUUAUCCUCCUUCUUCCACCUAUGUGACGCGGACACUUUCACGGUUUCACCUGUAAUCCAUGUAGCUCGAAGGCUCGAUUAAUUUUGAAGGUGGAUA